AUGAAACCUUCAAGCCUCCUUUUUUUCAUCGUAAGUUCAUCCAUUGCUCACCUAUCGACGUGUUCAGACGAAAACACGUACUCCUUUGACAUAAUCAACAAGAACAGUUGGUACAGCAUUGCAAAGAAAAUAUUUCAAGGAAGGACCCCAUGCAAUUUCACCGUUAUCCCAUCGAGUUAUGUGAACAACUCAGAUGCAGUAGAUGGUUCGGGUGAUUCCGUUUUACUGAUAAGAAAAAAGCUUAAGGAUACAGAGCAAGUGAACAGCAAAAAUAGCGAUAGUAAUAGUGACACCUCGGGUGUAUCAUCCCAUUCGGAUAAUAAAUCCUGUUGUAAUAAAGGAAAAAAGUUGGAAGAAGAGGAAGAAUUAAAUUUCAACAAAAAGUACGAGGGAAAAGAGUACGAACAAUUUAGGAAAAAUUUGUCAUUUAUAGAAUCAUCUCUACAUAACGAACCCACAUCAGAAACAAAUUCAAAGAUGGAUAAUAGCUAUACGGGAUCUCUAAAUCAUGAAGAGAAAAAUGAUUUUAGCAUUCCAGAUGAAUACAAGCCACAAAACAUUUCAGAUAUUCUAAUAGGUGCAUCAGAAGAGGAUCGUACAUAUGAAUUGAAAGGGGAUGAACCAUGUGAUGCUAAUAUGACGUUAGGGGAAAUUAUAAAUAGAACAAAUGAACAAACUGUUAAUUAUACCAUUGAUGUGAACAAAAUAUUAUGCGUUCAUUUAGAAUCCAUUGGUGGAAAUGGUUACCUAUGGGCCCUAUUAGGAGUUUACAAACAAAAACCAAUAAUCAAUCCUGAACAAUUCCCAAAGAAAAAAAUUACCAAAUCUUUUUUUUCAAAUGAAAUUUCUGUGACACAACCAAAAUCUGUAGAAAAAAAAAAGACAGACAAUCCAAAUUCAUCCUCGUUAAACUCACAACAAGGGAGUGGAAAUCCACAUAUAAUUAAGCCCUUAGGAGGAUUAGUUGGUGGCUCAUCAAUGCUACAAAGUAAAGUAAAGGCACACAAGCCUGGAACCUAUUACAUCGUAUAUGCAUAUUAUAGACCCUUUGAUCCAACUGUUCAUGCAAAUACAAAGAUUUUACAAUUGACUGUGUCAUAA